GGGAAGUGUGAGCCCAGCGCGCUGCAAACACUGAUACCAGGUUGUGGACCAAAUGAUGUAGUAUUUUGUGUAAAGAGGGGCACAAUAGAAGAGAGCAGGUGUUGCAUGCUUUUUUGGGAAAUGGGAAAUCUGUUGGGAAGCUGGCGCUUCAAGGAGCCGAGCACCGUUGAGGAAUGCGACUCGACGUGGGGGUCGGACAGCGACGACCCGGUGGCUGAAGAUGACAGCAGCAUCUGCGACUCCGUCAGCCCGGCGGAGAGCGACCGGGCCGCCGGAGACCCCGAGGAUGCGUCCCUGCAGAGAGAAAUGGAUGAUGACAGCCCUCGACCUCAAAAGCAAACUAACAGAUUCUCCUGAGUCUGUUCCAAAGAUGAAGAGGAGUUUCUACGCUGCCAGAGACCUCUACAAAUACCGUCAUAGCUACCCGAACUACAGAAAGUCCCGGCAACCUAACGAGUAUCGUAACCUGCGUUUCUACCUUAACAAGAUCCCUCUAGUUCCUGAUGGUAUCUAUAUAGAGGAGAUUCUCACGAAGUGGAGAGGUGACUAUGACAAACUGGAGCACAAUCACACCUACAUUCAAUGGCUGUUCCCAUUAAGAGAACAAGGGCUCAACUUCUACGCACAUGAACUGACUCAGGACGAGAUCAAAGAGUUUCAAAGCACUCGCGAAGCUAAGAGGAGAUUCCUGGCAGCCUAUUCCCUGAUGUUGGACUUCUAUGGCAUCAAACUGCUGGAUAAGAGUGGGAAUGUUGCUCCGGCUCCCAACUGGCAGGAGCGCUUCCAGCACCUUAAUGAGUCACAGCACAACUACCUACGGAUCACUCGCAUCCUGAAGUCUCUGGGCGAGCUGGGCUACGAGGCCUUCAAGGCCCCUCUGGUUCAUCUGUUCCUGGAGGAGUCGCUGUGCCGCAACACUCUUCCCAACAUGCAGCACAGCGUCCUGGAGUACUUUGUCUACACCAUCCGUCUGCCAGCCACCCGCAGAUGUCUGCUCCGCUACGCCCGCCAGCAUUACAGGCCCGCCCACGCCUUCCUCUGGGGUCCGCCGCCUAAAAGGAGAGGUGGUUGUGUCGCAGGUAGUGUAGGUGCUGGAAGUAGUGGGAUCAGAGCUCCUGCUCCAACACCAGAGCAACAGAGGAGGGGGGAGGAGAUCUCCACCUGCCCAUCUGCAGGUAGUGGGAUUAUUGUGUCUUCCCAUGAUGCCAUGACGUGCCAGGAGCUGGUUGGAGGAGGGCUGAAGGGCUGCACAGGACUCACUUCCAAUAUGGCUGGACUGGAGGGAGCGUUGAUGAUGGCAGGAGCUAGAGGAGAAAGGAACGAGUACAAUGACAUUGUUCCUUUGUAGGGGAUUGGCUUUGAUUGUUAUCGAAACAAAAACAGCUGUUUUUAAAAUGAGGGGUUCAAUUGUAAAGUAAAAAAAAAAAGUUAUUGUUUGACGAACGUGUCAUUAGAAUCAAUUCAGGUUAAGGGCUUACCAUAAACAAUGAUGUUAUUUCUUCACUGAUAAAUCUGUUUAACUGUGCUGAUUAUGGGGUGGGACUGAGGGACAGGGGAGGUGGCAGGUCACAUAACAAACUCGCCUUGGACCAAUCCCAAAACCAUCCAAACCAGUAGAGACCCACAUGUGUGUAACAAGGCUCUUCCUCAUCAGGGCUGUGAAUACACACUUAGGCAGAAGCCUUAUUGAAUGUUUUGGUCUGAAACGUGGUUACUGAUACUUCAGACCAUUUUAGAACCAAAGGUGCUGAUUUGGUCUUGCAAUGGUUUUGGGAAACAAAGUCCAGUCUUCUCCUCAAACACUGUAGCUAGAGCUUUGUACAGGUGCUGUAACGGGAAACUUAUAAUGAGAAGAAGGAGAACAGGAAGAAUUAGUUUUCUUUUUAUUCCAAAUCUUGUGAAAAGGACAUAAAGAACACAAAAGAGAGGAAGAGUGAACAAAGCAGGGUGCUUUAUCAUAGCAAUACUUUGAAACCACAUUUUUUAAAAUUGACUUGAAACCCCCACAUUGUUGUUGAUAAUAGCAGGCACAACUCAAUAUUUAUCUCCGCUGCAAUUGUACGGUACUCUAGCCGUUUAAGGUAGCUGCUCCCCCCGAACAAUUGUACAUAACUAUGGACUUGUAGACGACUUGUUAGUGACUUACAUGUAAAAGAAAGAGUUAAAAAUAGUGAGGCUUUUUAGUGACAUCACUACUCUCCUGUGAACUAUGACGAGGUCCACUGGAAAAGUGGCUAUGGGCAAAUGAUGGCUGACGAUAGUGUGUAACAAGAGGUCAAGAUGCUGCUGCUGCUGCUGCUGCUGCUGCAAAGGGAGCAGUGUUGGUAGAAAGUAAUAUGAUGGGUCACCUAAAAGUCCCUUUAUAUUUAUAUUUAUAACUGCAGCAGGUGGUUGGUUGUGGACUGUGAAUGCAGUUAAUGUGAUCUAACAGGUAGUGUGUGUGGUGUGUUGCACUUUUUUGACAAUCUGUGUCUUCCUGUUGAAAGCGCUGUAGGUUUCUCCAGAUGGUUGAUUUAGAAACAGAUCUAUGUAUAAUCUACAAACUGGUCACGAACAUGACUGAUUGUUCUAAUAUUGUGUAACCUUGCAAUAAUGUGGCAGUAAUCAUUCAUUUUUUAACCAGACUACACAUAGUCCAGUAUGUGGUGAUGCUGUUGACUUUAUCCCUGUGAACUUCGAGGGGUAUGUUUGUGUAGCUGCUGAUAUUUUCAACAUCUUAAAAUCUGUCUGUUUACGUGCCAAAACACAAUCCACUAAAGUAUUAUUUCAUCCAGAGCUGUAGCAAAUGAGGGUGCAGGAGUCGCUAAAACAAGAGUAAAGAUUUUAACUAAUAUAUAUCACCAUGAAACUUCCACAGUUGAUUACUUACAUUAAGACAACUAUUUUUUGUAUUGCAAGUUUUCUGAAAUGUUAUAUUUAAAUAUGCAAAUAAGGCAAACCUUUGGAGAAUUUAAGAGAAAUCUACAGCCACAAAUAGACACAAUUAGUAACAUAAACACCUAAAUGUGUAUUUUGGAUGUUUUCUUUCCACUAGUCUGAAAGAAGACACGUUAUAAAAACCUGUAUUGACCAGUGCAUGUGUAUGCCUGUCGUGUCUCGACUUAAUUAGCAUGUACAAAGCUUCCGUAAUUUAACUCUCCAUUGAAAGACAUUUAAAAUGAUUUUUUAAGGGUUAGCAGCUGCUCAAGGAAGUAAAGCAGAAUUUACACUCACCUCUGAGAUGCUGUUAAGAAACAUAUCAUAUCACUCAUCACAUCAGAGGUUGACAGCAUCACCUUGCCUGUGUUAAGUUUUUAAUAAAAAUCCAAUAUUAGUAUUGGUCUAUCAAGUCAGCCAAUAGGGACUCGGCAGAGGCCUACACAGACAAGAUAAGGUGUUGUGUUCAUUUCUAGGUCUUAUUUCAAACAGACAAUUGUGUUACUGAUAUCUGUGAAAUUAAAAAGUGAUGUGAGGUGUAAGACAGCAGUGAUGCGUAUGAUCAGGGUUCAAGCGCUCCUUGCUGACUUCCUGUCAGCUGUUCUUCCUGUAGAAUGAGGCCUUGUUUAUCAUUAGCUGACAAGGUCUCUACGCCCAGCCAAGUGUAUCUGAUAUAAUUGUAAAAGUAACUUUUCAGGUGAAUUGUGUGACAACAUGGGCUCAAGUAUCUGAAUUUUUAGUAUACUGUAUAUGUACAUAUAUAUGUGAGUGUGUAUCUGAUAUCUUUAUCUAUCUUAAGUGCCUUUUUUGUAUUUUUUAUGCUUUAUGCUAUAAGGAGUGUCUUUCCUAACUGAUUUCCUGUACAUCCUGUUUUUUGUACAGCAUUUUGAUAUUUAUUGUUUGCAUUAUAGUCAUAUACAGUAUGAGUAUUAAUGUACAGUAACAGCAGGAAUACAUCCCAUAAGAAUUGGUAUAGAGGAAAGGAUAACAAUAAAUUAUACUUGAAAUUGUCUGUCACAGGCUUAUUGAUUAAAAUGUGAUUCCAUAGAUGAAUAUUCACUCUGCCUGCUGGACCUUUGCCCUAAAAUGUGAAACUUGCCACACUUAACUCAAAUAAAAAUGUGGGUGUGGAUUAAGAA